UGGGAGCGCGUUGAGCGACGGCUCGUCCCCCUCCCGCUGCGGGGCGGCCGGUGAGCGGUAUCAAGCGGCUACGCCAGGCUCCUCCAGCCCGGCUCCGGACCCGUCUCGCGGAUGGAUUUCCAAAGCCUGGCGCGUGGAAAUCGCGGGGAGGAGCAGGCGGAUGAGACCUGUCCGAGUGCUGGUGACAGCCCCUUGGGGAGCGAUAGCGGCGUGAACGCGGACAGGGCUGAUCGCAAACCGCUCCCCACCAGCCGUGCAGAGCAGCGACAAAAGAGAGAGCCUGCGUCUUUCUAUAGUGUCGCACCGCCCUCGCCCCUGGCUCCACAAAAAGGCUUUAAAACGGGAGACGGUCACAGCACUAACAGCGUGUCGCGCACGCCUGGAAGUCCUUGUGUAUUGCCUUGGGAAAGAUCUUUUGCAACAGUCGCGCAGUUUUCCGAAAAAAAUGUAGAUGAUUCAAGUUCCCGUAGUUGUGAAGAAUCGUAUUUGUCUGCAUUGGAUUCAGACGGUCAUGAUACUGUUGAAACAACAACAGAUUUUUCUUAUGCGCUCACCGGAGUUCCAGUGAAAGAUAAUUAUUUGCCUUGUGUGGACGUUAUAGAUAAGUAUGCUGGGGAUAGUACUGGAUACCAAGUAGAUUUUCCUAACUCAGAAAGCAAGUCUCUCUCUUGCUUGAAUAAUGGUAUGAGUCAUUAUAAAGUUACAGUUAACCAGACUGUUGAUGUGAGUUCUGAUUUUAGGGCUUGUUUCACUACAAGCAGAGCUACUAGUGCUAAUGCAUCAGUGGUAUCUAAAGCAAACAACACAGUGUUAACAAUGUUGAACCACGCCAGGUCUGAAGAGUGGCAAAAGGAGACUCGUAGAAAUAUUGCCUGCAAUACAGAUUUGUCAUGUGUAGGUGGCAAUAUGGAACAGAUUGCCUCAUGGCUUGCUGAGACAUGGGAAAAUUGUAUCUACAGUGAAACUACUGAAUGGAACUCACAAAUUAAGGACCCUUUGGAGUUGGAAAAUAAGUUAAGUAUCAGAGACUUAAGAGAAAAUCCUGACAGGUUGCUGCAUCUUUGCAAAGAAACUGAGAAGAAUUAUUCAUUAAACUGUUGUAGGAUGAUUCAGCAGAGAGCUAUAAAAGCAGAAUUGCAGCUUCUAAGAAUUCACUAUUGGAUGUGUCAUCAGCACUGCUGGAAGGUUUACAGACUUGUUAUGGACGAAAGAGAAUGUUUUAAAAGGAAUUUUGAAAGUGACCUUGCCAAGACUGAACUAGAUUCAUCUCUGUUGUCUGUUUUUGAUGAUCUGAAGGCUAGGUAUGAGAGCAUGAGAGAAAAGUUAGUAAUGGGGAUGCCAUUGGAUACACUGCCUCCAUUAUCAGUAGAAUCAAAAUUGCUCUCAAUCUUUUCUUCUUAUGUUCCUUCAAAGUUAAUGAAAGAGGACUUUCUUUAUAAUUCUGUUUCUGAGGCAGAAAAGUCAGGAUUAGAAAAGUCCCAACAAGAAAGUGAAAUUUCCUCCAACCUGGAAAGAACACCACUUCCAGUUACUCCUGAAAUGAUGUGUUUAACUGGCAACAGGCAGAGUAAACAUGAUCCUUCCAACAAGAACCUUGAAAUAAAACAUGAAGAUCCAGAUAUAGAAAGUGACUGCAGUAAAAAUCAAGAUAUAAAUGAAGACUGGUUUGAAGACUGGUUUGAUGCUAAAGAAAACUUUACUGAAAAAUCAGCCAUUGUAACACUUCAGGGGAGUGAAAAGGAACAAGAAAAUCUAGAAAAAGUCGUCAGUACGACAGAAAUAAAGAUGAAGAGUUCAAAAAGUGAGCCAAACAAGCAUUAUUUUAUUCAUGUUGGUGGCUUAAGUCCUGCAGUGUCAGAGGCUGAUUUAAGGUCUCAUUUCCAGAAGUAUCAAGUUUCGGAGGUUUCGAUAUGUGAGUUUUCUAGUAACUACAGAUAUGCAUCUCUGAGUUUAAAGAAUGCUAGCAAAGCAAAAUUGGCAGUGGAAGAAAUGAAUGGAAAAGAAAUCAAAGGAAAAGCAAUAAAUGUUCAUCUUGUAAAAACUUCAGGAGUAAAUAUAGUUCCAGCUUCUCAAAAGAUUUCCAGACCACUUCACUGUGAAAAUCAAGCCACUGAUAAUUUUGAAAAAAAUAUUCAAGCCAGAACUACCUGUUCUGCCUCCGACUCUUUGAAAGUGCCUUCUACCACCUCAGCCUGUUUGAAAACACUUGCUCCUCCCUCAGCUUCUUCAACAGUGUUUGCCCCUACUCUGGCAUCUUCAAAAAGGCUCAGUUCUGAUUUAAAGCCACCUAGACAUCAAUUAGAGCACUUCUUAUUUUCAAUAGAUCAACAGAGUAUCAGAGAGAAUCCUCUGCGCGUAAAACCUGUUCAGUUCUCUCCUAAUCCAUCUGCUACCUUUAUACCGCCUAACACUUUGAACUUGAGCAGCUUUACCAAAUUGAUGAAGAAACUAAAAGAACUACAUCCCAAGGCUAGUAGCGACAACAUUGUGGAUGCGUUAGUGGAAGUCAGAACAAAUAAUAAAGGAUUCCUAAGUGGCUUGUCUAUUAAGACUAUUGUGGAAAAGGCUUCCUUUGUUUUGGAGAAAUCUGCGUCUAAAUGUGAGAAAAAGUAGCAUAAAUAGUUAUUUUUUUCACAGCAUUGCAGCUACGGACACAGAAAAGACCAAGAGAACCAGUAUGGAAAAAUGCUUGAUUUUUAAAUAAUUUUUAGUUUUGUUUAUAAAACAUUUGUAAUAUUUGAAAGUCCUGAAUUGUGUUGUGCUCACAUGGAUAAGCAUUCUCAAAAUAAUAUUUUAUGAACUUUCAGUUGUGAUGUUUUUGUUCCACUUGUGGAAAAAGUAGUCUCAGUAAUCUGUGGCAAGUUUUUGACUUUCGUUGCCAGGGAGCUGGAUAAAAUGAAAAUAGCAUUUUGCCACUGAGGCUCUGGAGCAACCAGGUUAUUAGGUUUUUCCCCUGAGAACUAACAUGUGUGUAAAAAUUGUAAUCUUAUUAGAGCAUAUUAAUGAGAAAAAAGUUAAAAUUAAGUUUAAGAAGAGUUUGCUCUUGUUAUAGUGUGUUUAUAGAUAUUCCAGUAUGUGCUUCUAAGCUUCCUGUGGAUGAACAUCCAUUGAGAAAGUACCUAUUAAGUAUCGUAGUCAGUCCUGGAAGGUGAUGUAAUAUCUAACAGUUUUUUUCAGAAUAUUAUGUGUAACUCUGCAGUGUGAAACAAAUAUUAUGUUGCAGGUCUUCCAUACAGCAAGUUACCUGUGUUUGUUUUGCAGAAGAGCAUGAUACAAACAUCAGUUGUAGAUUUUGAUUUCACAAACUCAUAUUUAGACUUCUAAAAAUAAAUGUUUGUAAAUGUUGCAUAUGGUCCUUACUACUUAUAACCUCAAAACUAUUUUAAAAUUUUCAAAGAUGUCACGGGGGGUUUUGUAUACUGCCAACAUGUAGCACAGUAUAAAUGUGCUAGGGCAAUUCCUAGUUUUUGAAGUGAUUCAUAAAGAAUGGGAAAGUUAAUUAUAAAGCUGUUGAAACUCAGAAUUUUCACUUCAAGGGAAAUGUCAACAUUUUAGAAUUCUCCACAAAACAGACUUUCCAAUAAUUUCUGUUUCAAUAUUGUGACAUUUACUUCAAAUUUUAUUGUCUGUGUAUUUUCAUUUAUAUAUCUUUAUAUUAUUUCAUAAUAUGUCAGAAAUAUUAGUACAUGGCAUUUUUCCACAAAGUAUGACUAAAAGUUUCUCACCAGCUCUACUUCAUUAUUUAAAUUAUGACAGGCGACCAUCUGUAAAAAUAAAUAAAUAAUUAGAUAAACUUAGAUCUUACUUCUACAACGUACUUCAGCACAUGCUGAACUUUAAGCAUGUGACUAGUCCCAGAGUUAGGCACAUGCUUGGCAAUCUUUCUGCAUUGGAAGCUGGGAAAAGAGGGGUUUGGCCAGGAGGUUGAGUAGUUGAACUGUUUGGCUCCUGUUGAGGAGUUGUUAGGAGGCUGAGCACACAGGCUUUCUGCCUAACCAUACCUGUAGGAGUAUUGGGAGAAGGCUGAAGACUCAGGUCUGUCUGUCAGCAGGGCAGGAAGUGAAACUGACAAGGUCAUUAGACCAGUGGGAAAACUUAAAAUGUCCAGUUUAUUUCUACUGAAACAUUUUUUGUUGUUGUAACUCUUCAGAGGCAAAAUUUUUGCUUUUGACAUUUUGAAUUUUUUUCAAAAACAACAUUUUUUCACAGGAAGGUAUUUCCAUUUUCUGCCCAGCUUCGUAUGAAGUGCUAUGGAGAGUCACAAAAGAUGCUUUAGCAGAGGACAAAAAUGAAUUCAGUGAAGCUUUAGAGAUGUUUAAAUGAACUGAAAGUUUGUCAGAAUGCUUGCAGUUCCCAUUUCAAAAAAGAUUAAAUUAUAAAAUAACCAAAGACAAAUGAAUAUUCAAAUCAUGUUAGAAGGUCUACAUUUAUUUUUUACAACUUACUUGUUUACUGAUAGUGUCCAAAAGUGGACAAAAGAAUAUUAGCAGAAUGGUUUCAAUAGAACUGGGGUAAUGUGUUCUCAGUAUGUGUGAACUGGAACUGUAUGUGUACAAAGCCCAAAUAUGUAAAUACAGGUUUCCAGAAUCCAAGAUUGUAAAUGUUCUAAUUCCUCUACCUUUCUAUGUUAGGUUCCCUCCAAUAUGAGUGUUUUCUCGUUUUUGUUUUGUUUUUUGGUGUUUUAAUUGAUUAACAAAAACAAACAAUUCUCACUCCUGGAAUGUUGCACUCCCAUCAAUUUACUUAAGGGUCUGAAUAGCAAUAACAAAAUCUCCCUCAUAUGGUCUAAAAUUGUGUGUCUUAGGCACUUUACUGACUUAAACAGGUAAAAAUAUAAAUACACCCCAUUGGUAAGAGUGCCCAGAGUUCUGCUUACUCCACAGCGACAGAAGAAAGAUGGAAUUCAUGCUUGAAGUGUGCACUUCAGAGCAAGCUUCCUUUCCAAGUUUUACUUUGGGGUUUAAUAUGUAAAAAAUAAAAUUAGUAUUUUUCCUGUUAACCCUU